UAUAAUGAAAAAAGGUAUGAAUGUUAGCCUUCGAUUUACUUCAACGUGACGAGAAAUAAUAUGAUAAUUCAAAAAAAUUUUGCCUGGAGAGAUUUUUGGGCGACAGUGUGUACCACAACUUUCCAUGUUUCGCACCAUUUGAAUUGGGGCCACGAAUACGCCCAGCUAAUAGUUUCGUCAUUCUGGAAAUCAAGAUCUUGCUGUUUUAUCUCCUUGCGCAAUAUGAGGUAAAACCUUGCGCGAAAAUUAUGUGGCCCAUAAAAUUGAGCAAACAAAAUUUCACUCUGAUUCCAGAAGGUAAGAUUCUGAUUGAAUAUUCAACGUAGAAAUGGUAUGUACCCUACAAUUUUGACGGCAUCCUUUGAGUAGUAGUAGUAGUAAUUUUUGUAUAAUGCUUCAAAUGCGCCGAUAUUUUAUUUAAUUUAUGUAUACACAAUUGUAAAUAAUAGCAAAAAAAAUUUAAUACAUAGGGGAUUCUAUAUGUACGAACUCUGUCAUAAAUUUUAAAUAACAACACGUAUAUUACUGUUACAUUUUCUUUUGUUUUAGUAUUGUGCCUGGUAGACAGGUGUAUAUAAAUUUUGUGACAAGUUUAUUAGUCUGCAUAUUGCAGAAUCGCACAUCUAUAGUUUUAUUCAUAAUUUAAGGUUAUUAUAUAUCUUCUCAGUAAACAUUAUUUUAUAGGGUCUUCCCACGUUCAAGGCUAAUAGAGCCCGAAAAUACAGAAUGCUGCAUUGUGAACGCUCCUUUACUGUGGGAUGCUGUAUUGCGCUUGAUUCGUAUCUUACAUAAUGUCAUAUCGAGCGUGACGUGCCUAUGACAUCAACGUACAAAUUCCAAGUAUGUAUAUCGCGACAGUCGCCUGCGGAGGUUCGUGUGCGUAGUAUCGUUCGCACGUUAAAUCAGUGUCAACUAUUCGUUCGUACAUCCGCAAAUCAAUUCCGACAAAUUUUUACAACUAAAUUUGCGACCAUGGAAUACUGGACGAUACCGUUAUCCAUUGUGUUAGGAGCUCUGGGAUUCCAUUAUCUCUUUAGAACAUUUCAUUACUUCAAGAGACACAGUGUUAUCCAUAUAUCGCCUCUUCCGAUAUUCGGCAGUAUGUUGCCGUUAAUAUUCCGCCAAAUCUCACUAGCUCAGUUUGGCAACAUGCUUUACACUUUCAAGCCGAAAGCCAAGUACUUUGGACUCUACGCUACGACGCAGCCUAUCAUCUUUAUUCGUGAUCCAGAGCUUAUUAAGGAGAUCUUUGUGAAGAAUUUUGAAAUUUUUCCAAAUCGCGUGGGAUUUUCCUAUAUAAAUGACCCGUUGUUCUCGAAGAACUUAUUUUCUCUUCAAGGGCAAAAAUGGAGAGAUGUGAGAACAAUGUUGAGUCCAGCUUUUACGUCCAGCAAAAUGAAGACCAUGUUUACAUUAAUGCUGGAGUGUGCCGUGGAUUUUGCCAAGGCUUUAUCAGAAAAAUCAGUAAAUGAAAGCAACGUGGAUAUGAAGGACGCUUUUACCAAGUACACGAACGAUGUGAUUGCCACGUGUGCUUUCGGAAUUAAAGUGAAUUCAAUGAGCGAUCCUACAAAUAAGUUCUACGUUUAUGGUAAAGACGCUACUAACUUCAAUGGACUGCGCGGCCUUAAAUUUUUCAUUUUUGGAACCUUUCCGACCCUAACGCGACUACUUGGUAUGAAAUUUAUAAGCGAUAAAAUAGGAAAUUUCUUCAGAAAUGCUAUAAAGACUACUAUCGACAUCCGUGAUAAAGAAAACAUUACACGCCCUGAUAUGAUACAGUUGAUGAUGGAUAUGAGAGGCAAACGUGAAGCUGAAAGAGAACUCACUAUUGAAGAAAUGACCGCGCAAGCAUUUGUUUUCUUCCUCGGUGGCUUCGAAACCAGCUCUACUGCUAUGUCUUUCAUUGCCCAGGAAAUCGCGGCAAAUCCAGACGUUCAGGAAAAGUUGCGCCAAGAAAUCGAUGAUGCUCUGAAGAAUUCAACCGGGAAAGUGUCUUACGAAACUAUUAAUCAUCUUGAAUAUUUAGAAGCAGUGAUAAACGAAACUCUCAGGAUGUAUCCACCUAUUUUUAUGGUGGAAAGAUUAAGCGUGAAAGAUUAUGAAUUACCUCCCACAUUGCCGGGUGAGAAGCCUUUUAUUUUGAAGAAAGGUAUACCUGUUUGGGCACCAGUUUACUCAAUUCAACAUGAUGAGAAGUACUACGAUGAUCCAGAAAAAUUUCGUCCAGAGAGAUUCUUGGGCAACAACACAUACCACAACACUCCGUAUUUCGUACCAUUCGGGUUGGGGCCACGAAUGUGUAUAGCCAACAGGUUUGCCAUGCUGGAAAUUAAAGUCUUGUUAUUUCAUGUACUGGCUCGGUGCGAUUUGAAACUUUCGUCGAAAUCUACUUAUCCUAUAAAAUUUAGCAAAUCGAGUGCCACUAUGACUGCAGAGGGCGGCUUUUGCAUUCAAUAUCUGUUUCAAAAGUUUAAUUACUUCAAAAGACAAGGUGUCAUUCACGUGCCGCCUGUUUCGAUAACGACCGCCAUACUUUCGAUUGCGCUUCGCCGAAAAACAUUAGUUAGCCUCUUUCGAGAACUAUACUGUUUCAAGCCAAACGCUAAAUAUGUUGGAUUCUACAGUUUAGCGACUCCGAUUGUCCUGCUUCGCGACCCGGAAUUAAUCAAGGAGGCCCUCGUUAAGAAUUUCGAGACAUUUCCCAAUCGACGCGGUUUCGCCGAAGUGAAUGAUCCGCUGUUUUCAAAAAGUUUGUUCUCUCUCAAAGGGCAGAAAUGGCGAAAUGUGAGGAGCUUGUUGAGUCCGGCUUUCACGUCCAGCAAGAUGAAAACCAUGUAUGUCUUGAUGUCGGAGUGCGCUGUCGAUUUUGGUCAGUUCCUAUCGGAUCUACCAGCUGAUAAAGCCGACAUGGAUAUGAAGGACGCCUUCACGAAAUUUACAACCGAUGUCAUUGCCACGUGUGCUUUUGGAAUUAAAGUAGACUCCAUGAGAAAUCCGACAAACAAGUUCUACAUCUACGGUAAAGACGCAACUAAUUUCACUGGUGGUUUUCGUGUCCUUAAUUUUAUGAUUUCCACAAAUUUCCCGAGACUCGGUCGACUUCUCGGCAUAAAGAUCAUGAAGGACCAUGUGACGAAAUUUUUUAAAGAUACUGUAAAAAGCACGAUUGUCGCUCGUGAUACCAAUAAUAUCUCACGCCCUGAUAUGAUACAAUUAAUGAUGGAUAUGAGAGGCAAACGUGAGGCCGACAAAGAAUUGGAUAUCGACGAAAUGACAGCACAAGCAUUCAUCUUCUUCUUUGGUGGCUUCGAAACCAACUCGACUGCGAUGUCCUUUAUUGCCCACGAGAUUGCGGUUAAUCCCGACGUCCAAGCGAAGUUAAGGCAGGAGAUUGACAGUGUUCUGGACAAGUCAAACGGAAAAGUGACUUACGAAGCGAUCAAUCGACUUGAAUAUUUGGACGCGGUAAUAAACGAAGUACUCAGAGUAUAUCCGCCGGUCGGUUUCGUUGAAAGAAUAUGUGAAAGAAAUUAUGAAUUACCACCCGCAUUGCCGGGUGAGAAAUCAUUCACUAUAAAGAAAGGCCAGCUCGUUUGGGUGCCGGUUAUCUCGAUUCACCGAGAUGAAAAAUAUUACCCUGACCCGGAAAAAUUCCGUCCGGAGAGAUUCUUAGACAAGAACGCAUAUCAAAACUCAGCGUGUUACUUACCAUUUGGAUUAGGGCCGCGAAUGUGCAUAGCCAACCGAUUUGCCUUACUAGAGAUCAAGGUAUUGAUGUUUCAUCUAUUGGCGCGUUGUGAGCUGAAACCUUGCGCGAAAACCUGUCUGCCGAUGAAAUUUGAUAGAAAAAAUUUGUUCUUGUCGCCCGAGGGUGGAUUCUGGUUGAAUGUUCAGCGUAGAAGCAAUAUACAUCCUAAACUUCGGUCGGUUAUGCCUGAAAGCGAUAUUACUAAUCCUUAAAUAACAUUCCACACGCAUGAAAAUUAGAUUGCAUCAUGUAAAAUCGUCUGUAGAUAGCAAAUAAUUAUUUGAUAAAAGUUCUGCAUGUUUAUGUACUGGAAUUUGUAAUGAUAAAAUAUAAUAACAAAUAAUAUUAUGUAACCUAGCGUUAUAAUAUUAUAUUAUUCGUUAUGUCAAACAUUACGACAUUUUAUGGUAUACAUUGUAUUUUAUGGUCUUACAUACAUUUUAUGGUACAGUAUUUUAUGGUUAUACAUACAUUUUAUAGUAUGGUAUACAUUACAAUAUUUUAUGGUACACGUUAUACAGCUCAGAAUUGCUACCAUUGCCCAUGAGAUCGCAAUGAAUCCAAAUGUUCAAGAAAAGUUGCGAUAAAAGAUCGACAAAGUUCUGAAAAAUUCAAACGAUAAAGUGACUUACGAAAUUAUUAAUCGUUUUGAAUAUUUAGACGUAGUUAUAAGCAAAAUUCUCCGAUUGUAUUCACCAAAUUUCUUCUUAAAAAGAGUAUGCAUUAAAGAUUAUAAAUUAC